AUGUCGAUGUCCACAAACUUUCGUUCCGCUUGGGCGCGGCUUGGUUGUUGGCGAGCAGCUGGGGCUGUCGCCCGUCCAUUUGAACGUUCCUUUGGCGCGGAGGUCAGCACCUUUGUUUUCACGGCCGUUGAUGUGGGCGAAGUUGAGAGGUUGCGUCUGCGCCUCCGAAACCAGGCCUCUGGCGGUACGACACCCAGUUGGCACCUGGAGGCCGUACAGGUGGCGUCAUCCGCCAGCGGCACGAGAUACCACUUCCCGCAUAGCGGCUGGGUGGACAAUGUCCUCGGCCGCGAAUGCGUGCUGUACUGCAAGGGUACGGCACCCGACGCGGAUGAGGAUCCGUCGGUGCCGAGUUCAGCCAGCUUAACUACCGGGGCUCACGCAGACACUGACGACAUUCCACACGAGGCGCUCCCUCCUCCUCCUCCUCCUCCUCCUCCUUCCAACUUUGUGCGCGGCAUGGUGAAGGACGAUGCCGCAGCAGCGGCGGCGGCGGCGGUGGCUCGUGGGGAUGGCGGACGACGACGACGUGGCGAUGAUGAGGGCAAGGGCUGGACGGCGGUUGGUGGCAGCUCGGUUGGGGAUGAUACGCUGCAGCAGCUGGAGGACCGAUUCAAAGAGCUGAGUCGUCGGCUGGCGCAAGUGGAGGAGGCGCAAGCGGAGUCCGCCUUGCGUGCCGCCGCGGCAACGGCGGCGGCAGUGCUGGUUCAUGUGCCGUCGCCGCUGCUUGCGCCGGUCCGGUACGGCAGGAAGGGUUCCGGCGGCGCGGCAGCGGAGGCUCAGCACAACCGCAGCAGCGGCCUCGGAGCCGCUGCCGGCGGCGGCGGGGCCGGCGGCACCGGCGAGGCCGAGGAGGACAGCGCGCUGAUGCUAUUGGCGGACCUGCUGACGCACUUGCAUUCGAUGGCGGAGAAGUGCCUAGCGACAGCGGCGGCAGCAGAUGCGCAGGCAGCGACGGCGGCGGACGCCACUCGGCGGCAGCAGAGCCGCAUUGCGCAGCUGCAAUUCGAGAUGAGUGCCACAUCGCAGGUAGCGGAGCAGGCAGCCAGGCGCUGCGAGCAGAUAUCACAAGAGCUCGAAGCGGCGGUGGCGGCGGCGGCGCCGCCGCUGCUGCCCCAAGAAGCCAUGAGCACGCUGGCGCGGCUUGCCGAACCGGGUGGUAGGGGCUCGGAGGUGCAGUACGGCAAGGUUCGGCUCAGAACCCUGGUGAUGGAUGUGAAGCGGCUGGCUGCGGAGAUGGGCGGCAGCGGCGCCGCGGCCGCCGCUGCCGCCGCGGCGGCGGCGACGGCUGCCUCUCAGGUAGAGACGCUGCUGGCGGAGACGCGGUCGUCUCAAGCCCGUCUGGCUGCGUCCCUUGCGGAGGUGGCGGCGUCACUGGCAUCGCAGCGCAAUGAGCAAGAGGAGCAGCUUAGCGAUGGCUUUAUUUUGGAUGCCUUCCAAAACACCGACAUUGUUAGUGACGCUGGCACCGUCAACGAGGCAUCUGCGCUGCAGGUCGCCAUUUCAGCUCUGAAACAUGAGCUAUUGUUACGACUGACAUGGAUGGCGGAAAAUAGCACAGGGAGAGCCGCAGGCGAAAGGAGGAAUGGCUCCAGGCAGAGUCACGGCGGCGUUGGAGGCAGCGGUGACGGCGGCGGCGGCGGCGGCGGUCCCAGCAGGGCCACAGAGCGUCCUGGGGCUACCCACGGAGAGGGUGUCGGGUCUCGCGCAAGCGAUGAAGCUGGUGACGCCGUACCGAACGAUGAUGAUGGUGAUGAUGACAGCUUGCCCAGUAGGGGCAGCGAACCGUCAGGCUGA